AUGCGCGCCGUCGCGCCCGCCCCCCGCGCGUCGCUCGCGCCGCGCGUCGCGUCCGCGCGACGCGAAUCGACGCGCGCGAACGCCAACCACCGCGCCGACGCGUCGACGCGACGCGCGGCGCGCGACGCGACGGCGACGGCGACGGCGACGGCGCGCGGCGACGCGAGACGCUCGACGCGCGCGCGAGCGACGGCGAGCACGAUCUCGGACGAAGUCGCGCGACAGUCGGCGACGUACCUGCCGCAGGUGCUGCAGAGCGCGGCGAGGCUCAACGUGGCGGAGGUGCUGGCGUACGCGACGAUUUUCUCCUUCUCUCUCAUGCUCGCCGUCGGAGCGCUGCGGCCGGCGCUGGUGGUGGUGCACAACGCGUGGAUGCGAGCGCGACGGCGAGACGAGGACGAGGAGUUCGCGGAGAGUGUUUUUGGCUUCGUCUAUCUGCUGGCGCGAGGCGCGCUGUUCAACGUCGGGUUGGCGUUCGUGUACGCGGUGAUCGUGCCGAUCGCGAGCCCGGACGCGCACGCGCUGUUACCGCCCGAACGCGUGGUGCGAAUGCUGAAGAUUGUAUAUUACGGAAGCGUGGUGACGAGCUUUCGGAAAAAGUUUCUCGCGAAAGCGGCGGGAGACUUGCGGCGCAAAAUGUACGGUUCGAGGGAACCGACUGAUUUAAUACCGGCGCACGUGUACGACAGAGAGAGUGCGGCGCUGAUUUGGGGGAUCACGGGCCUGGCCGCGCUUGAUUCGUUAGGGUUACCGUUGCGAGCGGUGCUUCAAGUGCUCGGCGCAUCCGGGGUCGUGCUCGCAAUUUUCGCCUCCGUCGUCUUGCGGGAUACGAUUGCGAACUACUUCGGCGGCCUCAUCGUCAUCGCGGCGGGAUGGUUCGUUCCCAAAGAAGUUAUUCGAGUCCUGAUCGGAGGACGUCGCGAAAUUUCCGGUCGCGUCGAAAGCAUCGGUUAUUUGUACACGAAGUUAAUCAACCGCGCCGGCAAGGUGGCGUACAUCCCGAACAGCGCCAUGGUGGCGUACAAGGUGGAGAACCUCUCGCGAGCGCCGUAUCGCGAGUUCCGAGAGCAGUUUGCGAUUUCUUUCGACGACUUGCCCAAAGUCCCGCACUUACAAACGCAAGUGGAGAGCUUUCUCCGGUCAACCGUGGGCGCGGACGUCGUUCGUGGCGUGAGCUUGGCCCCGCGUUGCACGCUCACCGGCAUGAACUCUUUCGCGGGAGGCGCGGUGUUGGAAAUCGUCUGUUAUAACGAUUACGGCGUCUUCCGCGCGGCUGGGUUUACCACAAUGCGCCUUCGUCACCACAUUUUUCUGGGUUUAUCGCGAAUAUUCGACAAAACCGGCGUGAAAUUCGCCAUCGCCGGCUCCAUCCCGAGCGGCGAGUCGUUAUCCGAGCUCCUCGACACGUCCAAGCCGCUCGGCGGUUGGGAAGCCUCGAGCGCCAAGUCUGGUAAGGAAGUCGCGGGAACGAGCUCGGUCGACCCUCUCGACGAUCGUUCGGCGACGGGCGACUUAUCCAGCACCCCCUGGCUUUAA